AUGCCCGUUCCAUCCACUGUCGAUACGUCCCCACCAGGAUACAUGAAAUCUCGGGGUGUCUUUUUCUUUCAGAGACGCUUUCAUUUUGACCUCAAAAGCGUUGGAGCCAGGCUUCAGUUCCAAGGUUGUUCCUUCUACUGUCGCGUGUGGGUGAACGGGCAGGAGGUUGGCGAUCACCGUGCCGGUGGGUACGUUGCUUUUACUCUAGACAUUCCACCACAAGCUUCUGUAGACAACGAGAUAUUUGUGCUGGUGGAUGAUCGCUUCAACAAGACAACGGCACCAACGCACACAGGUGGUGACUUUUUCCACUACGGGGGGAUCAUGAGAUCUGUCGAGUUACAUGCGCUUCCUCCACCUCGCGAAGGUACCUCGGGAUCAUCGCUAUCACUAUGGCCAUGGAGGUUGUAUGUGACACCAGAUUCACUUAAGAGUGUGAAUGUCACACUGCACGUAACAGAUAGGACAUAUGAGGGUCCUAUCGAUACACAACUUAGAGUAUCCUUCGACGAAGAACCAUUUGUGGAAUACCCGCCAAACUCAUUUUCUGCCGUUGAUGGUGUUGCUAGUCUGGGUAACAUGAAGGUCCCAAACCCAAGGGUAUGGUCGACAUUGGAUCCACAGCUACAUACAGUGACUAUCGAAAUGGAUGGAGCCGCGAUGGUGGAGAGGUUUGGCUUGCGUAUAUUUGAUAUUGACGAGGACAGCUUGCGUAUUCAAUUGAAUGGGGAAGUGAUAAAGUUCGUUGGAUGGAACCAUCACACACAGUGGCCUGAUACGGGAGGAUCUCCCACCGAACAGCAGAUGGACGACGACAUAUUGUUACUUAGACAUGGAGGAACAAAUUUUGUUCGUGGAGCUCACUACCCUCAAGAUCCGCGUUGGUUGGAUCGACUGGAUGAGAAUGGGAUGGUCAUGUGGUGCGAGACAUUGGGACCAGAUGUUUCGGUUGCAAACACAAUUGAUCCUUACUUUUUGAAGUAUCAGACACAGCAAAUGAACGAGAUGCUGGACAAUGCCAUGAAUCAUGCAUCAAUUGCCAUUUGGGCAUAUUUCAACGAAGGCCCAUCGGGCAACAACGCAUCUUGUCCAGCCUAUCAAAUGAAUGCAAACAUUAUUCGAUCUAGGGAUACCUCAAGAUUUGUUUCUUACGCUUCGGACAAGCAUCCGCCAAGCGAUGUGUGUUUUAAAGACGUCGUCGAUGUUAUGGCAGUGAAUGAUUAUCCUGGCUGGUACAACCCCGCAGCCCCCAAAGAGCGCUGGAGCAGCACUGCUAAAUACUACAACGAAGCUGGAAAGCCGAUGAUCAUUUCCGAAACGGGAGCUGGUGGAAUCUAUGAGUGGAGUAGUAACAGCACAGCUUCCAAGUGGACAUGCAAAUAUCAGACGCAAGUGCUCGUCGAAGACGUUGACAUAGCUAUUUCUGAUGCAAGGGUGUCUGGCAUAGCUUUAUGGCAUUUCUUUGACUUCAAAACGCGCGAUGGGGACGAGAACAAUACACAUUGUCAGUAUCUAUUAAACGUUUAUCCUCCGGUUUGUGAGUACAUCAACGUCACGAGCAACAGGCCCGGCGGAGCCAACCACAAAGGUGUCUUAGACUUUUGGAGAAGAAAGAAGCCAAGCUUUGAUGAGGUGGCGAGAAGAUACAAAGCAGCCUCGAAAUCAGUUCCUAUAUCUGUUGUUUAA